UUUUGGUAAGCCCACCAGUAUCUGUUUUCUGAUAUAUCCACUUCAUUCACAUACAAGAGAAGCUUAUGGCGGAGAUUGACGGAGGAGGAGGUGGUGCUACUUCUGCCGCCGUCCCUAACGGCCACCAUGCCGUCACCCUGAAUAUUGAAGAUCAAUCCCAUCGAAUUUCAUCAUGCUUUCCCACUGUUCCUUUUCUUCAAAAGUUGAUAGCGGAGGUGCUGGGUACAUAUUUUGUUAUAUUUGCCGGAUGUGCAGCGGUGGUGGUAAAUACAGAUAAGGACAAAAUAGUGAGUCUGCCGGGAAUUUCCAUCGUCUGGGGGUUAGUGGUGAUGGUCAUGGUUUAUUCUGUUGGACAUAUCUCCGGCGCCCAUUUUAAUCCUGCAGUCACCAUUGCUUUUGCCUCUUGUAAUAGGUUCCCUUUGAAACAGGUGCCAGCAUACGUUGGUGCUCAAGUCCUGGGAUCAACACUAGCAAGCGGAACUCUCCGUUUAAUAUUCAAUGGAAGGCAAGACCAUUUCGCCGGAACCCUUCCCGGUGGAUCCGAUCUCCAGUCGUUGGUUCUGGAAUUUAUCAUCACAUUCUACCUCAUGUUUGUCAUCUCCGGCGUUGCUACCGAUAACCGAGCUAUCGGAGAAUUAGCCGGACUAGCAGUUGGAGCAACAGUUUUACUCAAUGUCAUGUUUGCAGGGCCGAUAUCAGGGGCAUCAAUGAACCCAGCAAGGAGUUUAGGUCCCGCGAUUGUGUCAAACGAAUAUAGAGGUAUUUGGGUUUACAUGUUAGGGCCAACUGCAGGAGCCAUUUCUGGUGCAUGGGUCUACAACAUCAUACGGUUUACCGAUAAGCCUUUACGUGAGAUCACAAAAAGUGCAUCUUUUCUUCGAUAUGCUAGCAGCCGUAAUGGAUCUAAAAGAUGACCUUUCCAAUUGUACUCCUACUUUGUGCAUUUGUAUUUGUGUUUAUUAUGCCACAGUAUUUGGUUUAGUUUGUACAAGUAUUUUGCAUGAAGGGUAUACCUUAAAAAAGAAAAUGAUAUUAUAAGAUAUUAAGAAAAAAUGUUUUAUUUAUUCUGUU